AUUAGUAAAUCUCGAACGUAUCCCUCUUCAAAGUCAAAUUAGGGCUCUGAUUAUCUGCACCGCACCCACCCAUCUGCAUUUCUCGCUGCCCUGCCCUGCCUCGAAUACCUUUGAGCAUAGAAAUCGUCGUCCCGCUCUCACAAAAUCAUUACCAAAAUCCCCUUUCUGCUAUAAAGACACCCUGUAGAUUCUGGCAUGGAAAAUGGCGCCAUAGAUUUUGACAUUGGGUUAGGGGGAGGGGAUGAUGGUAUUGAUAUCGAAACCCCAAACGAUGAUGGAGGUAUGCCUGAUGGUUCUCCAAAUGAUGGUAAUUCAAUUGGGAGUGGCAGUGUGGGCACUGCUGCUAACCAAAUUUACAAUUCUGAAGGUGAGAUUGAACUUGAGCCAUAUGAGGGAAUGGAAUUUGAAUCGGAGGAGGCUGCCAAGGCAUUCUACAAUUUGUAUGCAAGGCGUAUUGGAUUCAGUACUCGUGUUAGUUCGUCGCGUCGGUCCAGGAAGGAUGGGGCUAUAAUACAGAGGUCUUUUGUGUGUGCUAGGGAAGGAUUCAGGAAUUUGAAUGAGAAAAGAACAAAGGAUAGAGAGGUUAAGCGGCCGCGGACAGUGACUAGGGUGGGUUGUAAGGCAUCCAUGUCUGUGAAGGUACAGGAUUCGGGGAAAUGGAUUGUGUCGGGUUUUGUUAAGGAGCAUAAUCAUGAGCUGGUUCCACCUGAUCAGGUGCAUUGUCUUCGAUCACACCGCCAAAUCUCUGGGCCGGCUAAGACGUUGAUAGAUACUUUGCAGGCUGCUGGAAUGGGGCCGCGAAGGAUCAUGUCUGUGCUGAUCAAGGAGUAUGGUGGGAUUAACAAAGUGGGGUUUACGGAGGUGGAUUGCAGGAAUUAUAUGCGCAACAAUCGGCAGAAGAGCAUGGAAGGCGAUAUUCAACUGCUUUUGGAUUAUUUGAAGCAGAAGCAGGCUGAAGAUCCGGCGUUUUUCUAUGCUGUGCAAGGGGAUGAGGACCAGUGCAUUGGUAAUUUUUUAUGGGUUGAUUCGAAGGCAAGAACUGACUACAACUAUUUUGGAGAUACUGUGACGUUCGACACCACGUACAGGUCGAAUCGGUAUAGAUUGCCUUUUGUUCCAUUCACUGGAUUGAACCAUCAUGGACAGCCUGUGCUGUUUGGCUGUGCUUUCCUGAUUAAUGAAUCGGAAGCGUCGUUUGUAUGGUUGUUCAAAAGUUGGCUAGCGGCAAUGUCUGAUCGUGCGCCUGUGUCGAUCACUACCGAGCACGAUUCUGUGAUUCGCUCUGCCAUUGUGCAAGUUUUCCCCAAUUCUUGCCAUCGUUUCUGCAAGUGGCAAAUAUUCAAGCAAUGUCAAGAGAAGUUGUCGAAUGUGUUGAUACAAAUGCCUUAUUUUGAAGCUUCCUUCCACAAGUGCGUGAAUUUAUCCGAGAGCAUCGAGGAUUUUGAAUCUGGCUGGCAGUCUCUUGUUGAUAAAUAUGAUCUCCGCGAUCAUAGGUGGAUUCAAUCUAUUUACGAUGACCGCAAACAAUGGGUGCCAGCAUAUCUUCGUGACACUUUCUUCGCCGAAAUGUCAAUCAAUCAGCAAAGUGAUGGUAUAAAUUCGUACUUCGAUGGAUAUAUAAAUGCUUCUACAAAUCUAAACCAGUUCUUUAAGUUGUAUGAAAGAGCAUUAGAAAGCCGCCAUGAGAAAGAAGUUAAAGCGGAUUUUGAUACUAUGAAUACACCACCAGUUCUGAAGACUCCCUCUCCGAUGGAGAAACAGGCAUCCGAAUUUUAUACCCGAAAAGUAUUUGCAAGAUUUCAGGAGGAGUUGGUCAGCACUCUAACUUUUACGGCAACCAAAGUGGAGGAUGAUGGAGAAGUAGGCAUUUAUAAUGUAGCAAAAUACAAAGAAGACCAUAGAGUUUAUCAUGUGAGGUUCAAUGUUCUCGAAAUGAGAGCCACGUGUAGCUGCCAUAUGUUCGAGUUUUCGGGUCUUCUUUGCCGACACAUUUUGGCAGUUUUUAGAGUCACUAAUGUCCUCACACUCCCAUCUCACUAUAUUUUGAAGCGGUGGACAAGAAAUGCCAAAAGUAGUGUUAUAUUGGAAGAAAGAGUUACAGAUCCAUUUAAAAGUUAUUUGGAAUCUCAUACUGUUCGAUAUAAUACCCUCCGGCAUGAGGCCUUCAAAUUUGUUGAUGAAGGAGCAGAGUCCGUUGAAUGUUACAAUGUUGCAGUGGCUGCCUUGGCUGAAGCUUCAAGAAAAGUUGCCCUCGCAAUGAAGAGUGAGGGAAAGGGAUCCGUAAACAAUGGACCUAUGAAGGAUGUAGCUUCGAGGAGUGGAAUUUGGUUGAAUAAUUGUUCGGGGGAAAGUCAAACGAGCUCAGCCCAGCAACUAUCCGAGGAUGACAUGAAUCAGAAGAUUAAUGAUCUCACCACCGAUCUUGAAUGUGCCAACCGCAAAUGUGAAGUGUAUCGCACAAACCUCCUCUCACUUUUGAAGGAUAUCGAGGAUCAUAAACAACGUUUAUCCAUUAAAGUGCAAGACAUUAAGCUGAGCAUGAAGGAUGGCCUCUGACAAAGGUGCAAUAUUUUUCUUACUGUGAUGAAACUUCAUCCGUUUCUAAUUCGGCUGUUUGAUAAUUUCAACUGCUCUUCGCAUAAGUAACGAGAGUUUUUUUAACAUGAAAUGAUGCCACCGUAUACGAAACUGGAUACUUUAGUUGAGGUUUAUAUAUUGGCUGUGACAUGUUGAAAGUAAGAGCUAAUUGACUACUACUUACGAGUCGUGCAGUCUGUUAAAAAUGACGAUCUGUUGACAUAGUGUAAAUAUGAGAUUUUUCCUUCUGUCAUUUUUACAAUAAACUGGAAAUCAAAUUGGGCGCUUUUUUCAUUACUUUGGGUUCUGUUUGAUAUAGUCUACUUCAUUGUUGAUGUCGAUAAUUAGCUUAUGUGUUCAUAUGUUGUUUCGUUAUUGUAAAUGUCGAAGCUCAUUUGCUCAAUUUACACUGAACUAUGUAUAAAAUAAUACCUAGGUACUUAACUGUUUGAACUAUAAUAUAGAUUUGUUCAGCCAUGUAAAUUUAUUUGUGUGUUUAUAUAUUGAAUGACAAGAUGCUUUUGAACUAUAAUGUAAAAAUUUGUUGAUUGAUACGAGGACAUUAUUGAA